ACCUCUCCAACGACGCCUUGUGGCUCCAGCGUGCGGGUCGUGGUCGUGUUGUCGCGAUUUGUGCUGAUGCCAUGCGGCGAGCGCUUCUACUGGCGACGCUGGGGAGUUUGAUCGAUGAGAUCGACCUGGGCCUCUUCUCGGUGUGCUUUACGCUUGAUGUUCACACAGAUGCUCUCAGCCUUUUUGCAGCAGCGGUGGUGCCGGUCUCUCAAAGCUUAGUGAGUGAGAACGUGCCAGAGACUGGCCGGGGCAAGGCCUUUUCCAUUCUGGCCAUGUGCGCGGGCCUGGCGGGAUCAGCCUCGGCCUUUUUGUAUGGGAUGUUUACGUGGCAAUUUGCAUAUCGGAUCAUGGGUAGAAUCACUCUCAUGCUUGCGAUCUGGAUUUUUAUCAUCUUCCCAGCUGACGCACGUGAGAAGCCCCAGAGAGGAUCCUUUGUGAGAGAGUUGGGCUCAGAGAUGGAGCAACUGAAAAAGAUUUUGUCCAUCCCAAGCUUUUGGGCCUUGCUUUUGGGAGGCUUGGUGGGUUGCAUCCCCUGGAAUGCCUUGAGCUUUACGUUGAUGUAUCUUCAAAGUUUGGGCUUUUCUGCAACCCAUGCGGCCAGCUUAUUGACGGUGAUGUCCGUGGGCAAGAUCGCGGGAAGCUUACUGGGCGGCCUUUUGGGUGACCGUUUGGCGUCCUGGUGGCCUUUGCAUGGUCGCGCGUUCGUGGGUCAGAUGUCGAUUCUGCUUGGAGCCAUCCCACUUUGUUGGGUUUUGAGACCACACAAUGAAAGCCCUGACAGUUUGAUCCAAAUCGCUGUGGCACUUUUCCUCUUCUCGUUGCUGGCAGUUUGGUGCCAACCUGGAGUCUUCCGACCGCUCUGGUCGGAGCUGGUGCCAGCGGAGAGUCGUGGGAAGAUCAUUGGCUGGUGGCGCUGCAUGGCCGGGAGCUGCGGUGCCAUCCUGGGAGGUCCCAUGGUGGGCUACAUGUCGAUGAUGUUUUUGGGAUACAAACCCAGAAAGCAAGUCAUAGACAUAGAGCAAGAAAGCAAUGCGGAGUCGUUGGGCACAGCGAUGUUGCUUUGUACCAUGCUUCCCUGGGCUCUUUGCUUCUGUUGCUACUCGGCCAUCCACUUCACAUAUCUAAGGUAUCGUGCCAGUGAGGUCGUUCCCAAGCAGAAAGGCAGUGAACUCUGA